UAUAGGUUCAAGUGGCCUGGGUCUGGGUGAUAAUUUACCAGCAACAAAUAUGGCGGCCGACACCACGAUCUUCCUUGUAACAUUCUUCCUUGGCUGUUUCUGUUUCCAUGGAAUUGAUGCAAGUCUUUAUUCAAAAGAUGAUCCAAUGGAAAUAUUUGAUAACUCAACGAUAAAAAGUCACAUAUACAACAGUAAUUAUGUUUGGAUUGUCGAGUUUUAUUCAAGUUGGUGCGGGCAUUGUCAUGCGUUUGCUCCUACCUGGAAAAGGUUCUCCCGACAAAUUCAGUCCUGGGAUCAUGUUGUUAGAGCUGGUGUCAUUGACUGUGCUGAAGAUAAAAACCUGGAUACCUGUAGAUCAUAUGAAAUCCAGUCAUUUCCAACAGUUAAACUUUUUGGUGCCAACUUGAAGAACAAGUCUGAUGUUGGAAUUAAUUUCAAAGGACAAAAAACGGUACGAAAAAUUCGACACUGGUUGGUAGAAUUCGUGGAAAAGCAAGACACAUUCAAUGAUGUCUUAGAUUUCUCACCAGCCGAUCUUCAUGUCAUCGAAAGUUUUACAUCAAAACGAUCAGAAACGAAGAAACCAAAUGCGAAGCUUCUUGUUCUAAUUUUUGAAGAGAAGGACUCCUUCAUCGGAAGAGAGCUUAUUCUCGAGACAACCAAUUGCAAAAAGCUGAAAGUAAAACGCGUUUUGGAGACACAGACUGAUUUGGCUGAGAAAUUCAAUGUGGAGGAGUAUCCAUCAAUGAUUAUUGUUGAUCAGAAAGGGUCGUUCAAAGAAGUCAGCGGAGAGAACAAGACGAGGAAAGGUUAUUUGGCUGCCUUGAAUAGAAUUGAGCCGUUAUCUCAAGAUCUCUCUCAGACCAUAAAGAAACCCAAGAAGACGAAAGGCCUAGCUGCGAAUUCCGGUGGUGACAAUUAUACGACCGAUGUGUUUAUGACUGACCUUGUUAGUAGCAUAAGCUUUUCAUUGCGAAGAGAAGUGCCAAAAAUUAGAGUCAUCAAAGGCGAAGCCCUGAAUGCCUUGAAGAACUGGGUGAAUCUCUUAAUGCAGUGCACCCCCGCAGAGGCAUUUCUGUCGAGGUACUUGGCUGGACUUGACAAAUGGCUCAAGCGUCCAGCUCACCAGAGCUCGGUGACUUCGGGUGAAUGGCUGCAAUAUAUGGAUGAGCAACAGAAAUUCGACUCUUAUUUGCCAGUUGAAGUAGAAUGGCGUGGUUGCCAAGGUAGCAAACCUCAUUAUCGUGGGUUCCCGUGCUCACUUUGGGUCUUAUUUCACACAAUGACUGUGCAUUGCGGCACCAAGCCAAAGCCUGAUUUGACUGGGCUUGAAAUUCUCCGAAGAAUCCGUGGUUUCAUUGACUACUUCUUCGGAUGCAGAUACUGCAGAAACCAUUUCGUUGCCAUGGCAUCAAAUCUUGAUAACGAGGUAAAAUCAAACGAUGAUGCUAUUUUGUGGCUUUGGGAGCGGCACAAUAGAGUGAAUGCACGUCUGGCUAGUGACCUUAGUUCGGACCCACAGCAUCCAAAAAUCCAGUUCCCAUGGGAGGAAAUUUGCAAAGAAUGCCGGUCUGGGGCCCGAAAGAACAAUACCAUUGUCACAUCCCCAGGAUAUGGUAUUAGUGACAUGAAGUGGAACAGACGUAUGAUGUUAGAAUUCUUAAAAAAACAUUAUGGACCAGAUAACAUACGGCUCAAAGACAAAAACCCAUUUGCGGAUGGAGAAAACGAAGAAUCAGACACUGAAUUCGUAAGAUUUGCCUGUCCUGAACUCCCCGAAGGCGAACAUCCUGGACGGGAAGACAGUAGCUCUAAUAACAAUGACGUCAUUGACAGAUCACAUGAAGCUAACCCCGGCUUAAGUGCCGUAGGCGAAAAAGACGUUAGCGGUUGACAUGACAGAACAGCUACAUGCACGCAAGACAACACAUUCUUACUACAACAUUAGUAGAAUCUCACGGAUUUAGAUCGUACACAUAUUGAACUCAAGUGAACUAUGACACCAACUGAAUACUUUCACACCUUUGAACUAUGACACCAUUUUAUUCCAACUUAGCUAAACGCCGGAAAUCAAAAGUUUAAAAAAACGAAAUGAGACAUUUCGCCAAAAUUUUGAUCACCAAAAUAAAGCCAAAAUACUGUGCAAGUGUCAAAAUAUUUGAAGAUAAGAAUAUCAUACUUACAGAUAUACAUAAUGCAUAUCAAAAGUUGAAAUGAAUUGCUGAUAGAUCAAAUUCGUAAAUUCUAAUAUUCAUUAUCGAAUAUUGAAGCAGGCUCACAUUACCAAUCUGUUACCAAAUUCUCCCUAAUGGAGUUGCAUUUCCGAGAAAGUGAUUGCUUAUUAGAAAUGUAUCAUUUCUUAAAAAGCAUUUAUAGAUUAGUCUUCGUAGCUCUGCUAUUAGUCCCCUUCUGCUUGCGAUAUCUGAAGUUAAAAAUGUAAGAUUUUUAAGCAAAAUAAAGAAGGGCUAUUUGUACAAAUGAAACAUUAAAUUUUGUGCUCUUUGGUUUGUUCAUAUCGGUCCCAUGAACUACCCGAAAGCCACCCGGUUUUUUCCAAAGGUUUUUACUCUGAAGUAAGGUCUGUCGUCAUUUUGUGAGCGUAGUCAUGUCGUGUUCGACACAGUAGCUCUCUUAAAAAAUCACGUCAGACAGAUGAUAGAAUGUAGAGGAUUUUCAAUCAGUUGAAAUCUUAUAUAAAGUCCUCAAAAUAUUAUUUUGAAAAUAGCGUGGAAAGCGGCAACAGGUCAUGAUGAAGAGCUUUUUAGAGCCAACCCUCUUCAGAGUGUCAAAGCUGGAAAAUGACCGAGGAUAAGCUAAGUGUAUAUUAAGGUACGGAUCCAAAGUAACAACAGAAGCAGUAUGGCGCGUUUAAUAGGUUUCUUGUUUUUAACCAAUCAGCAUCACAAUCGCUAACUCCUCACUUGGUUGGAGAGCCCAAGAGAAGUCUAUUCGUGGCCUACAUAACUUCGAUUUUCAUAAUUUGAUUGGGGGACUCCUGCUUCCUUCAAGCAAUCUUAAGAAGUCAUUCUCACUCACUGCAUUCAACUAACUACAGUUAAUAAGGUGGCACCUUCUAAGCCUUUUUCAAUCUCCAACGCUUUAAGCAGCCUUUCCACUAACCGGGGUUAAAACAAAAACGGGUUAAAAUGAAUCCGUUUUCAAAAUGAGCCAAUGGAACGUUUUCAAAAUAAGCAACAAUUUGCUUUAAGCUCGUUUCAAUCCCUUCUGGACCGUUUCCACUACGCCGGGUUAAAUGUAUUCGGGCUUGGUAGAGCAGAUUUAGAUAAUC